AGUUGGUAAUACUUAUUAAAUACUAUUGGAGACAUUAAAGACUCACACAUGAAGAGAAAAUGCAUGUUUUUUUAAUUUUUUUAUUAUUUUUUACAAACUGAUCUGUGGGACAGAAGUGCUGUGAGAUGAAAUCUUUGCAUCUGAUUGGAUGCUCCUGCUCUGACUGGACAUCUGACUAAUCAUGUGAUCGCUUGAGCUGCUCUCAGAGGUUACUGCUACACUCCCACUGUACAUAGCAGUGAUCAUUAAUGCAUCUUAUUCUUUUUUUUUUGUUGAUAAGAUGGCUGCUCUGGGGACUUUUUGGAAGCCGACUCUUGUUCGCAGACUCAGCUUUACAUAACUCCACAGAGGCAAGAGGAGAGGAGGGGAAGGGUGCAGUCCACUGAUAUGACUGUUGAACGUUUCCUCAUCCAGCUCAGACGGAUUAACUGCAUUUUUAUCCUCUGCCUCAUGAGCAUGGGAAGGCGGCAAGUGAGAGGUGCCUGUGAGUGCUCACAUGGGAAUCUAGCAGCAGUGUUGAGCUGAGCAGGGAAUGAACUGAGGAGUAACUUUGCACUGACACACACACACACACAAAACCAACCCAUUGAUUGGGAAAAAAAAAAAAGAAGCCAUUCAAGUCCAUCUGAUAACUUUAUCUUGUACUGAUUCUGUUACAUGAGUGGACAUGUGAAUAGAAAGCCAGGAAAAAUUGAAAUGACUUGACAUUUUUAAGAUAAAUGUAAAAUGUGGGGUAACUCCAUUGACAAAGCCAUAAAUGAUAUCCAAUACGCACACUAGUAUGGUAACUCAUACCAGUGCUCUUAACAUCAAGCUUUGCUAUUUACAACACUUGAGACCUUUGUAAGUUACAUCUGAUCCGCACACUGGACUUUGUCCUGGACGAAUGGGGCCCAUGUGUGUAAAAGUUAAGCUGUGUGGAAACACAGAUACCACAUAGUCCUGGCUCACUCAGGACCUGGAGCUCAAGACAGAUUUCUGGAUUUUGAUACAGCAAGAACGAGGUGAGACACGUGAUUAACUUUUAACAGAGCAAUUUAAUUACACCGGCUUCAACUAGUACUGCAUUAAAUACAAUCAGAUCAGAUGUGAUUAUACCGUUUAUAAAAUACAUUUUUAGAACAGUUAUAGUUCUUCUUGCUUUGCUGGAACAGCCUUCAGCCCCCUGUGACCCUGAGCAGAACAAGUGGCUUAGAAAAUACUUUUGAUGGUCACAUUUCUGAAGUGCAUAUGUCUUAAAAUGCUGCUGAACAGACCACAUGCGGAACAGCUUGGCUAGAGUAGAAGAGAAUGGGAAAACAAACAAAUACUGUGACAUUUACUUUGCCAUUUCUUGCUUGCUGCUGUGGGUCUGUAUAAUAUAACAUAUAAAUGAUUAUAGUGUGUAUCUGUAAUCCCAGAGGUAAGAGACAUACAAAAAAGGACCCCUCACUAAAAUACUGAUCUUCUCCUCCACAGACCACAACAGGUGAAGACUAACCUUCUUGACUCAGCACUUCAUCGCUGUCUCGUUGUCAGUUUUGCAGCUCUGUAAAUCAUUCUGGAGCAGGCAGGAAGAUAUUGUUCAUUUCCUCAUUUACUCCCUCUUCCCCAAAAUGCCCUGCAAUGCAAUUCGUUUGCAUUCCAUAGAAAAUGAAUUGUGGAAAACUUCAUAUCACGCCUGGUCUUGUGAAGACCAGGCGUGAUAUGAAGCUUCUGAUCUCUGCUCCUGUCAAACACAACUUACUACUGACCACAUCUUAGAUAUUAUUACACAGCACAAAUUACAGAUGUUGUUUCAGGUUCAGACAGACAGUGAUGUAUUUGUGUCUGUUGUUUCUCCCAGGUCAUGUCCAGCACAAUCCCCAUACUCCUGACAGGGCUCUGCUUCCUGCUGCUCACACCCAGUUGUUGCAGUGGCAGCAGGAUUGUGGUGGUGCCCGUUGAUGGCAGCCACUGGAUCAACAUGGAGGUGAUCCUCCGAGAGCUGCACUCCAGAGGCCACGAAAUCACCGUGCUGCGCUCGGCCAAGAGCUGGUACAUUCCCAGUAACUCUCCCAUUUAUACCUCUAUUAACGUGACCAUGCUGGAGGACGAGUCGGACAAGGACUACUACAAUAAAAUGCUACAAGACGUGAUGGAGUGCCGCAAGUCGCUGAGUUUCUUAAGCAGCUUCUGCCAACGGCGCUUACUCACAUCCAUGUUGGCAAAGGGCCACAAGAUCCUCGCCAGAGCGGCUGCUACAAUGUUGGAUGACCCUGUUUUCAUGAAGAAGCUAAAGGAUGCCAAGUUUGACUUAAUGUUAACAGACCCUGGCCUGACUAUAGGAGUCCUUUUGGGUAGUUACCUCAAGCUGCCCAUGGUUUUCAACGUGCGCUGGAUUAAUACUGGGGAGAGCCAUUUCACCAUAGCUCCCUCUCCUGUCUCUUAUAUCCCCGUGCAAGGAACUGAACUUCAGGAUCGGAUGGAUUUUCCGGAGAGGACCAAGAAUGUGUUGCAUUAUCUCAUCAGUCUUGUCGAACAGCAUUUUAUCAUCAACGCAGCCUACUCGGAUCUGCUCCAACGCCACUUCCCUCCUGGAACGGACUUGCUGUCUUUGGAGUAUGCAGCUGAUAUCUGGCUAGUGAGGGCGGACUUUGUCUUUGAGUUCCCGCGGCCCACCAUGCCCAACGUGGUCUACAUAGGGGGGUUCCAGUGCAAGGAGGCCAGACCCCUCCCUGCUGAGCUGGAGGCCUUCAUGCAGAGCUCUGGGGAGCACGGCGUGGUGGUCAUGUCCCUGGGGACGUUCGUGUCGGCCCUGCCUCGUGAUGUCACGGAGGCCAUCGCCGCUGCUUUUGCGGAACUCCCUCAGAAGGUGGUGUGGAGGUUUGUGGGGGAAAGGCCGUCGUCCCUGGGGAACAACACCCUGCUGGUAAAAUGGCUGCCUCAGAAAGAUAUCCUGGGACACCCCAAGACUCGUGCCUUUGUGGCCCACGGAGGCACCAACGGGAUGUAUGAGUCUAUCUACCACGGUGUUCCCGUUGUGGGCCUGCCGCUCCUCUUUGACCAGUUUGACAACCUGCACCGGCUGAAGGUGCGCGGGGCAGCACGGACAGUGGAGGUGAAGUCACUCACCAAGGAAGACUUCCUCGAGGCUCUAAAGGACAUCCUGGACACUCCCUCAUACCGAAGCAACAUUCAGCGUCUCUCCAAGCUACAUCACGACCAGCCGAUGUCUCCGAUGGACACCGCCAUCUUUUGGAUUGAGUACGUCAUCAGGAACAAAGGAGCAGCCCAUCUGCAGGCGGCAGGUUUCAGUCUGCCUUGGUACUCCUACUUCUGCCUGGAUGUGGCUCUUUUAAUCACGGCCGUCAUCGGAGCCUUUGUCUGGGUUUCAGUCUUAGUCUGUCGGAUUCUCUGCUGCCGGAGGUUCAGGAGAAAGAUGAAAGCAGAGUGACGGAUUCAAACAUAACCGCUGAGUGUUUUUCAGUUCAAUAAAUCAUUACCACUCAAGCAUCCAUAUGAGUUAAAGAGCAGCUGAGACUUAUUAACAGUUUACACACAUUUCUGCCUCGUGCUUUAAACUUUUUCAGAAAAUAAAAAUCUGAAACUGUAAAUUAGUGUGAAAUGUUUAUUUUAGACGCAAGCACUCAUAGAAAUGUUUUUACCAAAGAUGUUGGAGGAAAAACCCCAAUUCCAAUUCCAAUCCAAUUCUGCCCAAACCUUCUGUUUUCAAGCUUCCCAGUCCUAAACACUAUUUUUCGAAGCUAGUUUCCAUAGUUGUAGUUCUGUUUGGAUUGGAAACAUGUCAAACUUUAAUAAAGCAAAGGACUUCUUCUUCCUGACAAUA